GUUUUACGACGCGUAGCCAACCAUAGAGACGUUUUGUUUCUCCGAGGAACGGCGAGCCCAUCGGCGAAGCGAGGCAGGCGAAUUGGCGGGAUCCCGGAGCUCCGCAGGGCGCAGGUUGUCUCGUGGAAUAUUAUUACCUUACGGAUUAUCUCACGGAGUGUGUGUUCGUAUGCAGCAGAGACACACACACACAGAGAAAAUUGCAUUAUUUUAUAAAAUUUGCAGUAUUUAGCACAGUUCGGACGUCACUGGCGGCAGCAGAAGCCGCACCUUGUAAUAAAUCAUAUUGCGGAAAAAAUGAACGCCGUGUCUGUUUUCGUAAUUCACUUGUUUCCACAUUACUGUGUUGUUUGCAUGCACCUGAUGGAAGCUGGUGUCGCAAUAGGUUUGUGGUUCUGCAACGGUGGGACGCUUGCUAUCCCCCCGAAAAUUUAAGCGAAACUUCCAAAGUGAAGUUUUUUGUCAACUGCUGUGGACAAAAUGUAUGUCUGUAUCCUUGAUCAUAGCCGGUUGGGGCUGAUAGGAGUCGUAGUCCCAAACAUCUGAUGAAUCAGGUUCCAGGGGAAAAAAAAUUUUUGAUAGAAUUUCCCUCAAUCUUUUGGUGUAUCACAUAAUAAAUCAAAUUAUAACAGUAAAAAGAAUGAGGAAAUACCUGUAGGGCUAAUUUUCUGUUUACUUCCUUCUUCCCUAAUCGUCAGUGAUAAGAAUUACUGAGAAAUCAGCUACUGUGUUUUUAAAGUGAAAGAAAUAUGUGUAUUUUAAUCACACAAAGCCCAAAGUCUUCUGCACACUGAUUUGAGAUUAAUCCCUAUUGAACUGAGUGGUGCUUAUUUCUAAGCAGGCAUGGCCAAAACAGAACUGUUCUUUUCAAAUAACUAUUGGCGUACCGCAAGAGAAGUUACACAAUGUAGACAUGCAGACCUCCAGGGUCCCUAAGCCCAUGACAAAAUUCCUGGAGGUAAGCCAUUUUCUUGUAUGUCUUAAUGUGCUCUGUGCUAUUUUUCCAGAAAAAGAGGUGCAGGAACUCAGUUCUGGUGAGUUCCAGCUGAAAAAAAGCCCUAACAAAGAACAUUUGUUGCUCCACUCCCCCUACAACUGUUUUAUGGUGUGGUCCCCCAAGUAUCAGUACAGAUGAAGGGAGGGGGCAGGAACUGUGUGCUGUAACUUAAAGUUGGAGGCGGCCCCUGGUGGGAAGGCUUGUGUGAAGAGGUUGCUGCUACAGGCUGCAGACAACAUUGUGUUAGAUGGACCAAUGGACUGAGUUUGUUCCUAAGAAGAAAAACUAAAACACAAACCACCUUCCCUUGCUAUGAUUAAAUAGAAGGAUUUUUGAACUGUACAGCCCCACUAUUUGUUGAUUUUGAAGGGCUAGUUGAUUAGCCAUUCCCGGAAACUGGCACUCCCAGAGCUUAGUGCACAAAUACUUUUUUUAUACGUUUGCCAAGGCAUUGAGCAACUGGCUAAACACAACCUUGAAAUCUUCGUCUCCUGUCAGUUAAAUAUGCAAAUCAUCCAUUAUCUUUUGUUCCAGAGAAGCAGGCAACUAUAAAGCAGCUACAUAAAUAAGUGAAAGUAUUAAGAAAGUUGUGUGAGAGUUAUGCACAGGAGAGCACAUUCCUUCAGGGAUCUACCAGCCUUUUUACCUGUUUGCUUCUCUUAUCGUUUUUGCAGUGUACAUUGAACUGAGGUUUAAGCAGGAUCUUGUCUAAGAGCUGAGAACCAUCCAUGCACAUGGAUGCUGUCGUUAUUUCAGAACCAUCUUUUUAAAUAUUUGCUAAUGGUUAAAAAUUAAACACAGAGCAGAAGUCUGAGACUGGGGGAAAAUUUUAGGGAAAGAAAAUAUUCUAAAUACGGACAGAAACUAUUCACCAUGAAAUCAUUAUCAGCUCUCAUGUUUAUUUCAUGCUUACAACUUGGAAUUUUUCAACAAAAGGUAAGGAUUUUUAUUUUUUUAAAUGGUUGGCAUUGUAAGAAACAUGUUUUAUUGGUAAUACUUUAAGGCUUGUUUUUGUUUUAUUUUUUCAUGUGCUUAGCAUGCAUCUGAAGGAAGUAUGAAAACAACAAAUCAGCUUCUGUUACUGAAUAGUAUUUGUUUUUAGGACAAUACAUAUCUGAUAGAAGAAUGUGUAAACAAUGGCUACACUCAGAAUUCUUGCGAGAAAGUGUUUUGCCAGCCAUGGCAGAGGUGUGUGGAUGGCUCCUGUUUCUGUAAGCUACCUUACCAAUGCCCCAAAAAUGGAACCUUGGUUUGUUCUACUGAAAAGAGGACUUUAAAUUACUGCCAGCUAAAGAGCUUGGAAUGUCAACGUAAAAAGAGCAGAUUUAUGAACAGAGGAAGAUGCAGCUCUCAAGGUAAUAUGUUUCAUUUUCUUCUUCUGAAUUGAUUGUUGAUCCUGAGAAAGAUCAAGCUUUAAGGGUGGGGUGCAGACAUGUGCAGACAUUGAUGUCUGCCUGUAAUUCUGUUAUACUUACACAGUUUUGGUGCUUUCCAACGGUGGCUUUGCCUUAGCACAUAGUGCUUCCACUUGCAAAAGUUGGAGCACCUGAUUUCAACCAAAUCACCACCACAUUAACCCCCUAUUACCCCCACCCCAGGGGUAGCCCAUUGUUAUUUACUGUUGUUAAGUGUCUUUUGAGUUAUUUUUGUAAAAAAGAAAAACAAUGAAUAAUUUUAAUAUAAUAAUUUAAAUGUGUGUUAUGUAUAUGCAGCCAAAUACACAGGCAGAACAAUCCUAGACUCGUAUAACAGCUCUUGACACUCUAGGCCUACCUGUAGAAUGUUGCACAUCUGUCAUUCCAAAAGCACAGAGUAUUUUGUUUCUGUCAUGCCUUAUCACUCUCCCUCCACUGCAUUUACUAGUCAUAUGCACAAAAAGCAGCAGAGAGUCUCGCUUGCUUUCCGCUCAGAGUCCACUGCUCAAAGACUGGCUUAGUGACAUUCCAGGCUCUUUAAAAUAAACAACGCCCUGUAAAUGGGGAAAAAACCCUGGGCUUUUUGUUGCUAUAUAAAACAUCCAGCCAUUUCCUGGUAUGCAUUUGUGUGAAUUGUUGUGGAAAUUCAAAUCUGGCAUCCCAGAGAGGAACCAAAUUGACAAAGAAUGUGCCAUUUGAUUAAAUAAUACUGUACCCGCCUUCCCAUUCAAGGUUAAUUUAUCCUUUCACUUAUUUUAACUCCACCCUUCAGACAAACAACGCCAACAGAACUAUACACAUGGUGCCUUGCAUACAACAAAGUGGGUUUUGUCCACAUUGCUGUCUUUUGUAAACCUUACAGACCUAAACAUUAGCAGAUUUUGCUUUCCUUUCUAGAGACUUUUCAAGUUUCGUUGAAGCCUGAAAAUGCAACAUCAACAGGAAUUAUCCAAGUUGAAGUGAAUCAAUCCCCAAAGACACCUGUGUGUGGAUCUCCUUGGGGUAUGAAUGAAGCAAAUGUGGCCUGCAGACAUCUUGGUUUUCCAGAGUAAGAUUCUGGGGUGGAAUGGAGAGCUGCUUAUAUGGAUAAAAUGUUACUUAAAUAAAUCUUAAGAAAAACUCUACAUUACAGUGGUACCUCAGGUUAAGUACUUACCGUAUUUUUCGCUCUAUAAAAUGCACCAGACCACAAGACGCACCUAGUUUUUGGAAGAGGAAAACAAGAAAAAAAAUAUUCUGUAUCUCAGAAGCCAGAACAGCAAGAGAGAUCGCUGCGCAGUGAAAGCAGCAAUCCCUCUUGCUGUUCUGGCUUCUGUGAUAGCUGCACAGCCUGCAUUCGCUCCAUAAGACACACACACACUUCCCCUUACUUUUUAGGAGGGAAAAAGUGAGUCUUAUAGAGCAAAAAAUACGGUAAUUCGUUCCGGAGGUCCGUACUUAACCUGAAACUGUUCUUCACCUGAAGCACCACUUUAGCUAAUGGGGCAUCCUGCUGCUGUCGCGCCGCCGGAGCCCGAUUUCUGUUCUUAUCCUGAAGCAAAGUUCUUAACCUGAAGCACUAUUUCUGGGUUAGCGGAGUCUGUAACCUGAAGUGUAUGUAACCCGAGGUACCACUGUAGUGGGAUCUAUCUUUAUGAUGGAUUUGAGCUGGGAUGGGGAAUCUGUGGCCCUGCAGGUGUUGUUGGACUCCCAAGUCCCAUCAUGCCUGUGUUCUUUCCCAUGCAAGGGUCUCAGCUGGGUGCAAGGGAGGAUUUUAGCAUGUGCUGAGUAAAGAGCCCAGAGACACCAGGUAGUGUAUUGCUAGCUGCUAGCACCAUUUCCAAAUCCAGGAAGCAAAGUCAGGUCAAGCAAUGCCAGUAAGUCCAGAUAAGGAAGGUCCAUCAAAGCAAAGGCCAAAAAGCAAACAGCCAAGGGGGAUAGCUCCAAGCAGCACCUAGCUGGGAUGUCAGCCAGUGCAGGCUGGAUGUUGCUCCAGCAAUGAGCAAAUCCAGACCAAGCCUUAAAUAGGAUAGCUUACACAACACUGUCAAACCGAUAGUUACGUAUGCGGUAUCCGGCAUGUCACUCGUUCCAUGUCUCUGAUACACAAAAUAUGAGUAUGCCCGGCAGGGUGAAACAAGGUAUUAUUCCGCGAAUCCUUGUCACGUUUAAGUUCUUUUGUCUGACACCAGCAUACAACAACUAUAUUUUGCAAAGGCACAUGUUAAGAUCUUUUGUAUCCUUUGUCUGAUACCUGCAUACAGCAGCUGCAUACAACAACCAUACUUUGCAAAGGCAGAUGUGGAACAUUACAAAGAAAAGUUCAUCUUUUGCAAGUACUGCUCCUUAAAGUUGUUACGUUUGACACUUGUAUUCGCUAAGACAUACGUGGAACACAGAAAGCUUUUAUUUGGAUGUUUUAAAAAACUGAUUCAUUUGUACAUACGUGGAACACAAAAGCUUCUAUUUGGACAUUACGUAUAUAAGAACUGAUCCAUUUGUAUUUCCUGUUCUAAACGUUGGUCCUUAAUUGCUUCUACUCAAUUAGAUAAUAUGAAAAGAGUUAUGUUUAUAUGAUGUAAAAAGAAUUAAUAUAGUUAAAAACAGCAAGUUACGUUGUGGCUAUGUGUGUUAAAUAGGAUGGCAGCUUCUUUCAGCCCUGAUUAAUGGAGCCCUUUCUCUUAAAGGGGCCCUGGCUGUUUACUUAGUUUACUUUGGCUAUGGUUCUGUUUUGCAUUCUCAGCUAGAGUCUGAAGAGGGUAAUGUGGCUUCUUCAAGAUGGAGAGGUGCUGGCAUCAGGUGCUCCUCUGGUGCUGGAAUUCCUAAGGAGAUAGGGAUCCCCAAGGCGGGCUCAGAGGGCACAUACUUCUCCCGGCUCUGAAUUUGUAACAAUUUCCCCUGAGGAUGGGGAGGCAGAGCCCUGGGUCAUGGUUCCCAGGCCACUGGGCAUGGUGGUUUGAAGCUGAUUGGAGCUGGAGUCCAGCAACAUCUAAUUCCCAUCUGUGGAUUAUGAGGUCAUGGCCAUAGUUCAUAGAGCCAGUGCUUUUCCCCCCAGGAGGUACUCAAGUGUAUACAGUUUGAGGUAGUGGUGGUGUAGUGGUUAAGAGCGAUAGAUUCGUAAUCUGGUGAACCGGGUUCGCUUCCCCGCUCCUCCACAUGCAGCUGCUGGGUGACCUUGGGCCAGUCACACUUCUCUGAAGUCUCUCAGCCCCACUCACCUCACAGAGUGAUUGUUGUGGGGGAGGAAGGGAAAGGAGAAUGUUAGCUGCUUUGAGACUCCUUUGGGUAGUGAUAAAGCGGGAUAUCAAAUCCAAACUCUUCUUCUUCUUUGAAGUAGCAGCACUUGGGAAGACCUUUCUUGAGUCCACGGAGCACUACUGAACACUACUGAACCUUAUAGAAGGUCAUAUUAUUUGCCCAUCUAGCCUGCUGUUGUCUUUUCUGUCCUGCAGUGUUUUGGGCUGCUCCCCAUAAACUGGCAAAACCAAAGAGAUGCUAGGCUCCUUACAGUUCAGCAGCUCUAUUUGUAACACACACACACACACACUUUUAAUAUAUAAAACAUGAUAAUUUUAUAGCAAACCAAGUUAUAAAGAAUGCAUUUUAUAUUCCAAAAGUAACAAAGGGACUUUCAAUUUCUAAAGGGGGGGGGAGAGAUUGAAUCUUUUCCAAUUUCUCCCCAAAGUUCUGUUUUUUCCCAUGACUUCAUUUUAUAUCUCUACUCUUCCCUUUCUGGAGUUGUUUUGGCUCCUGGCACACAAGGUGGGCUGGUUUAAAGACUGUUGCAAAUAUGUUUUUUUUCUAUUUCCCAUUGGGUAAGUCCUAUAUGAAUAAUAUGUGUGGUCCAGGACCAAUGAUUACUUCUCUUCUUCUUUCUUGCAUUGCUCAGAGGGGCUGAUCGUACAGACACUGUUGACCCAGAAGAAGACUCUGAUUCAAUGGAGUGCCUUAAGGCAAGAUGCAGAGGAACAGAGACCAGCCUAGCAGAAUGUACUUUAACUAGAGUGAAUAAAACUAAUGAGAAAGUGGCAAAAGUGGCGUGUCAUACAACACACAGAGGUUGGUAAAAUAAGUUUUAUUGGGGGGGGGAUUGUCUGUAGUAAGCCAUUUCUAGCUUGAUAAUUAGAUGGUAGAGAUGACAAGUGGGACCAAGAACAAAACACUGCAAUAUGAAAUAUUCCUGUUCAGUGUGCUAGACAUGCUACACUUACAAGAGACUCCAUUCCAUUCCAUUUCUCCUCUCCUCUCCACUCCACUGGCAUUAACUCCCCUUGCAACAAAUAACUCAGCAUUCUGUGGUCACUGAACAUAUCACAGGGUUUCAGCACGUUGAUACCUCUCUUGUGGCUACAUAGCUGUUGUAACUCAGCACCUGAGUUCAUCACAGUAUUAGUAUAUGGCUUUAAAUGAUCUGUUGGUGCAGUCCCUCUCUCACUUUCCCUGGGGUGGCUUAAGAAAAACUAGGGUACUCCUGUGUCAGGAGUUCAGCCUACACUUGAGUAGGACCCUGGCAGAGACACAUGCCCGACUGGCAUGUUCUCUCCCUCUUGGUUGAUCGUUCAGGAGCUUCAUAAGCUUUCUUCAGCCCGAACAUCACAGCGACCCAUGCCAACUGACAGCGGCACACUUAGGGAUCCGCAGAGUUUGCACAUCAUGUGCGUGACAGACCUCAGACAGCCAGUGUGGUGUAAUGGUUAAGAGCGGUAGAUUUGUAAUCUGAUGAACCGGGUUCGCGUCUCCGCUCCUCCACAUGCAGCUGCUGGGUGACCUUGGGCCAGUCACACUUCUCUGAAGUCUCUUAGCCCCACUCACCUCACAGAGUGUUUGUUCUGGGGGAGGAAGGGAAAGGAGAUUGUUAGCCGCUUUGAUACUCCUUCCGGUAGUGAUAAAGCGGGAUAUCAAAUCCAAAAUUCUUCUCUUCAGUAACUCAGCAUUUUGGCUAAUCUACUUUAUUUACAUAUAAACACACACAGAGCACUGCAACAUGGCUCCCUCUCUCUCUAGCAUCAGACAGCCAAGAGAAAAAGAACAAAGGACAAUAGUCCCACUUCACGGAACACAGUAACACAAACAUCCUGUCUCCGUCACUUCCCACUUUGUGGAGUCAAAACAUAUACCGUCAUGUGAUAGACAAAAAUCCCAUGACUGCAAUCAUGGAGCAGGAAUUCUAACACCCUGAGGCAACAAAGCCCAGGCCAGGAAUCCUAUGCCAUCAGGCCCAGAAGAGACUUUUGGCAUGGCAGGACACUUUUGCUUUAUAUCUUACACCAUUUCAUAGAAUAGAACCAUAGAGUUGGAAGGGACCACGAGGGUCAUCUAGUCCAGCCCCCUGCAAUGCAGGAAUCUUUUGCCCAAUGUGGGGCUUGAACCCGCAACCCUGAAAUAGUCUCAUGCUCUACUUUUUAAAAAAAGGUGAACCAGCUUGGGAGCCUUGGCAGAAAGGCAUUGUAUAAAUGCAGUCACUCAGUCAAUAUGAUAGAAAGGUUGCCUCUUAAUUACUGCUGCUGUUGCUGCAUAUUUAGUCAAACUACACUGUGGAUUCUUUUUAAUAAUUUUUAUUAACAGACCAAUCAAAUCAAAUCAAAUCACAUAAAUUCCAAAUUACAAAGCCGAAUUUUAAAUUUUUUGUUGGGGGUACCCAUAUUUCAAGUUCCGAAAGGGAUCCAAUCCUCUUGUUGUUGCUGCUGCUUUAAUGUUCACAAAUCUGUCCAAAUAGUGUUCACCAUUCUAUCCAAUCCUUUCUUGUUAUUUUCCACAUCUCUUCUUGUCAUUUUCAUAUAUUUUUCCUUUCUCUUUGUGACUUCUGGUAGUCUCCACAAGCGGGUUGAAACAAAUUGUAAUCCUGUGUGGGUUUUUGCUCGUUAAUCUUCACAGAUCUGUCACUCCCUUUCUCAGUCCUCUGAGGAGGUUCUGCCAGUCCAUAGCUUCCUCCUCCCGAUCAUCAAUCUUUCGACAGAACCUGCCAAGAUGGCGACUCCCUUUUUAUUACAUUCCAAGAGCCUUUGUUCUUUUCUCGAUCUCCAUAAGCCAAACUUUUGGUUAAUAAUUCAUUUCCACACAGUUUUUAAUCAUCCUCCUUAGGUCAGUUAUGAGACGGUUCUUUCUUGGGGAGAGGUUAUUGGUUAAUCACAUAGAAGAAAAGAAAAAAGUCCCCCCCCCAUCCAGUCCCGCUCCGACAUACCGAACCUUUGAUGUAUCUUCUUCAGAUAUAUUCCUGUUAAAUCCAACCCGUCGCUCUACUUUCACAGAGGUCACUUCAAUUAGCAGUCUUCACUCCCGUUCUUCACUUGAAAUAUGUGCAUUUGCUUCUCUCUCUAAUUGUUUAUUUUGAGUUGCUGCAACUAGUGCGCGAUCAGAGACAGCAUCCGGGAGAGCCGGACCCACACAAGGGCUUUGUGCCUAGUGCCCUCACCCCCUUCUUUCGAAUCCGGGGGUGAUUUAUGGCCACAGCAGGCAAGGCAGUGUUCCCCAUAUCCUUGGGGCAACAAGGGAGGCUGCAUACUCCCAUAUCAGCCUCUUAAUUACCUUGUGUGAGCCGGAGAGAUGUUAUUGUCGGCCAUCUUCCAGUGCGCCCCUAGCGGCCCCUACACUGUGGAUUCUUUGAGACAAUGCAGUCAGUGUGCACAGUCAGUUGCGUUACCUGAAUACAUGCUGCUGUGUUUUUAGGUUCUUAUUGGUCGUGUUUGUUUUAGCUAGUUUUAAUGGUAGUUGCUUUGGGUCACUGUUGCAAGGAAAGUGACUAAAUAAUCAUCAUCAUGAAUAAAGUCAGGUGACAGGUCCCACUCAAUUUUCAAAGUGAACCCCAUUCCCCAGGGCCAGCCAGAUCCUGUUCAUAGCUGUCAACUUUUCCCCUUUUUAAAGGGAAAUCUUAUUUGGAAUAAGGGAAUUUACCUUUAAAAAAGGGAAAUGUUGACAGCUAUGAUCCUGUUCCCCUCCCCACAACAUACAGUUUUAAAUCUCUUUUUUGUUUUUUAAAUCCUUGUGAAUGCUAUGCUGAAUUCAUCUUUUUGUUUGCUGUCUUGGAUUUGUCACUGAUGGAAAGGAAACAUAGAAAUGCUCUUAAUAAUUAAACCAGAGGCAGACAAUUAUGCUGAACACAAUAGUUUCAUGCCUUCAGCUACUGUGCACCCAUCCCAGCAAACAAUCCUAUGGAUUUCUAUACAGUAUUUCUUUUUCUGCUGAAGAAUAUCUAACCAAAACAUUAUUUGUUUCUCAUCCCACUUGACAGAAUGUUCGCCAAAAGAAUUCCGUUGUGUCAAUAGAAAAUGCAUCCUUUCCUUUAAGACAUGCAAUGGCGUCAACGACUGUGGAGACUUAAGUGAUGAAGUAUGUUGCAAAGGUAUGCUCUAUACUAUGUAACCAUUCUUUUUUGUGUGUAUUAUCAGUCAUAUACACACAAAUGGUUCUGAAAGAUGCUUUAAAGCUACAGUGGUGCUUCGCAAGACGAAAUUAAUCCGUUCCGCGAGUCUCUUCGUCUUGCGGUUUUUUCGUCUUGCGAAGCACGGCUAUUAGCUGCUUAGCGGCUAUUAGCGGCUUAGCGGCUUUAAGAAAAAGGAAACAAACUCGCAAGAACUUGCAAGACGUUUCGUCUUGCGAAGCAAGCCCAUAGGGAAAUUCGUCUUGCGGAACGACUCAAAAAAUGGAAAACUCUUUCGUCUUGCGCGUUUUUCGUCUUGCGAGGCAUUCGUCUUGCGAGGUACCACUGUAUAUGUUUGUCAAACAAAUGCUUGUACACAUCAUUGCUCUAAACUCUGCUUAAGAGCAAAAGGUUAAAAGUUUCAAGUCAUAUUUCUUCGGUCAUGUUAGGUAUCAGUUAGAUUUAUAUACCAACUUUAACUCAAAAUUCCCCAAGGUGGCUUACAACAAAGCAAACAAAAGCUUCACCAAUCAAAAUCAAUGGAUCAGAAGUAAAAACAGUACCAUGAACAUAAGGGAUGGGGUGGGGGUGUUUUCAUUGCUCCCAAAAAAGACAGAAUAGCAUUCAACUUUAUACACACAAAGGAGCAGAAAAGCUGUCAUUUCCAAAAAUUAUAUAGAAUAUUUCAAAGUUACAUUGCUUAAUUUUGAAAAAUAACUGAAUGGUUCAAUCAGUAGAGCAUGAGACUCAUAAUCUCGGGUUUGUGCAAAAAGAUUCCCGCAUUGUAGGUGAUUGGACUAGAUGACCCACAUGUUCCCUUCCAACUCUACAAUUCUUUGUGCUUAGGCCUUAAACCACUGUGCUAUUGAUGUACCAUUUUGUGUUUUAUAUUCUGACUGAUCUCUUUCCGAUAGCAUGUAGGGGGAAAAGCUUCCACUGUCAUUCAGAUGUGUGUAUUCCAAGAAAAUACAUCUGUAACAAUGAAGUGGACUGUUUAACAGGAGAAGAUGAGACUCGCUCACAGUGUAAGAGUAUACCUUUCUAUUUAUUUCUGGCUGCAUUCGGACAAUAAUCCCCCCCCACACACACACACUAUGUAAUGGGUUUGGAUAAGCUUAGAACAUUCUAGCUAGCUCAAAUUGUGGUGAUAUCUGAGACCACUGCACAGCCCAUCCUUCAUGUCCACUUGUCCCUCAUUAACAGACGAGCAAUAUCAAAACCUAAACGGAGUGCUCCCACAUAAUAAUAAUAAUAAUAAUAAUAAUAAUUAAUAAUAAUAACAACAACUUAUUAUUUGUACCCCGCCCAUCUGGCUGGGUUUUCCCAGCCACUCUGGGCGGCUUCUACAGAGACCAAAAAUACACUAAAAUGUCACACAUUAAAAACUUCCCUGAACAGGGCUGCCUUAAGAUGUCUUCUGAAUGUCAGGUAGUUGUAUAUCGCUUUGACAUCUGAUGGGAGGGUGUUCCACAGGGUGGGCGCCACUACCGAGAAGGCCCUCUGCCUGGUUCCCUGCAGCUUUGCUUCUUGCACUGAGGGAACCGCCAGAAGGCCCUCGGCGCUGGACCUCAGUACAACAUUGCAGUUUGAAAGGGGGAGAGGGAUGCUUUCUGUAACCUAAUAGCUUACUUGAUUUGAAGUUUGUGCUCCACUUACUGAUAUAUAAUUUGCAGCUGCCUUUUUGUUCAUCUUAGAUGUACAGCCCGCCCCAUCCAAAGAGGUUGUUGUAGCUAAAAACACAGAGAACAGCUCAAGAAAAUGAGCAUCAUUCAUUUCAAUGGGGCUCAUAAAGGCAAUGCUUUCUGUUUAUUUAACAAAAAUAUAUACCUCUCUAUUGUAAAAAGAACCCCUAAACAAUUUACAAAAACGAAACGAAACAUUAAUAGCGGCAUUGUCAAUAAAUGGCAGCUGAAAACAGCUAUUUUUAAAAGUUCAAAAUAUAAUUAAAAUUAACAGUAAGCUAAAAACACAUGUCACCUUCCCAGGUGGCUAUCGCAGGUUGAUUUGUACUACAGUAAUUGAAAACCAAACCCUUCUCAUUCUCAUAGUAGAAGCAGAAGCAGUUUGCAAGCUUAUCUAUGCAUUUUCUCAACAAAGGCAAUCAUCCCCGUUCAAUAUUCUGCAUUUUCCACAAAUAGAUUUGUGCACAAAGCAGUCCACAGCAAUAGGACAUAAUCAUAAUAAUGUGAUAAUCGUAAUGAAUCAUAAUUUAAUCACAUUUUUUUAAAAAUGUAAACCACCUUGGGUAUCAUGGUAGAAAAGUAUGUAUGUAUCUAUAUCUAUAUAAAACACAAUAGAAGUUAUACGAUCACUGCAAUGCAGCCCUACCCAUCCAACUAUUAACAAUUUCAUUUAAAAUUCUUCAAAAAGUGAGCAUGUGUCUGAUCUACAUAUCAUGCUUGUCUAGUCACUUCACCCUGCAGAGCAAAAGGAGUGAAUGGAGCCUAGGUCCAUAUUAAACAUGAUGCUAGAAAAAUUAAUAGCAAGUGAAGCACAAAGAGAAAGAAAUCACCCCAUCAGCACAACUGCUAUUAGCCCUAGGAGGAAAGCUAAUAGGGAUUCCCAACGUCUACUUUGGCCCUUAGUCAUCCGUAUUACUGAGCAAGGUUCAUGUGUAGUUUUGAGCCACUCCCUACAAUCCUUCCAAUUUAGAGGUGGAGUUUAACAACAUCUGCAGGACUAUAGACCCUUAAUAUAAUGGAAGCCAGUCUAAUUCAUUGCUUGUUGGUGGAUUGGUUUUUUUCUGUGUUCACCUUUCUUAUUUUAUGUAUAUGUGCAUGUUUUAAAUAGGUGAUAAAAAAAGAUCUGAAGACAAUGAAAACACGGGUAAUUUUUAUAUAUAUAUUAUUUUAUAACUUUCUUCUUAUGUUUCUCCCAGGGUUCUCUCAGGAGUGACCUGUUCUUUAUAAUUCAGCUUAUUGGGCAGCAAUAGCACAGAAAAAAACAGCCCAUUCAUGGAACCACAGUUAUACAGAGCAAUACAACAGUUUCCCCACAAAUAAAUAAAUGCACUAUUUGAAACUAUAGUAUUUGAAAAAAGAACAAUGCAAUCAAUGGUCUCUCUGAGUCAGAAGAGAAAAUGUAUAUAUUAUUGCUUGCAAAUUUUGUGAUCAGCCCAUUUAAAUGUUCCUCUGUCUAUUCUCAAACUUGGGUCCUCAAAUGUUGCUGUACUACAGUGCUCAUCAUCCUUGACCAUUGGGCCAUGCUGGCUGGGGCUGAUGAGAGUUGUAGUUUAACAACAUCUGGAAACCCAAGGUUGGUAGAGGCUGCUCUUGUCUACCAAGGCGCAGAAGGCUUCCGAGUUGCUCUCUGCAAUCAGCUUUAGUCCCACAAUGAGAGGACAAUGGCAAUUGGCAACUUACAAAUUGCAGCUCUGCGAGAACGGACACUGCAACCCCAUGCUAAUUACUCAUGCAUAUAAGAAAAUGCAAUUUAAGUUGUACAGGGUGAUCUACCCUAUAAUCUUAUUUGGCUUCCCAGCUCUCUUCAAGAACUCUUCAAGAACUUCACCCCUGCAAGGCUAAACCUGGAAGGUUAUACUAGCAUAGCCAAUGGUCAAGUCUGAUGCAGGCGUUAUUGGACGUCCAACAUCUAGAUUCUCAAACCCCAAUAUACAGCAAAUUCAUAGCAUAGUGUGCAUUGGUGUAUGUUUUUUUCCCCCUGUGUACACCCUACUUAUAUAUAAUAUGUGUGUAUGUUUUAAAUAGGCAAUAGAAGAGCUCAACAAAAUGCAAGAGGUAACAUUUUGUGUUUUGAUAUUAUUUCAUGGACAUCACUAAGUUCUUUGCAGCAUGAAAAUAAACAUUUUCACUUGCAAUUGCUGUAUAGAUCAAAGAGCUGUGAAGGCUCAGCUGCGGGGAUCAGUUCAAAAUGUUCAUAGGUUUAGGGAUCUGAAACUAGGUUUUCAGUUACAAUAAUUUAAAGUAGUUAUUUUAUUUCAGAAGGAACAGAAGUCGCUGAACAGUCUAUGGAUGAAGGUAAAUACACUAUAUCAUCAUCAAUAGACAAUAUGACAAUUGCUUGGACUGAUUCAGCAGUCGAGUCCUAUGCAUGCUUAAUCAUAAGUGAAGUCUGCUUUGCUCAAUGGAACUUAUUACAUGCAUUCACUAAUCGCUCUUGAAAAUGGGAAACUACUUCAUGGGGAAGCUGCUUGUGUCAAAUCAUGCUUUUCCAUGUGAUUUUCCAUGCUGGUUUAUCACCUCUUCUGGGGCACUUUUGACAGUGUGCUGUCAGAAAUGUACUGGAAGCUGCUCACAUGAACAGCUGUGUAAAGCACAGGAAUAUAUGAACGGAGGAUGAAGCCUUCAAGGCUACACAGGAGUAUGUUGCUUAACAACCCCCUUUCCACCUUUGAAAACAACAAUCAAACGAAAGAGCUGGCCUUGAAACCCCUGAGUCUUUAUUCUUUUCUCAGGAAAGUGCCACGCACCAACUCCCUGAAUGGAAACCUUUUAAAAAGUUGCUUACAUUCGCUCAACAGUCCUGAUUUAAGCGGGAUAUCCCAGAAUUACAACAGCCAAUCCCGACUUCUGAUUGGAUCCUGGAAUGUCCCAUUUUUUGGUCUGGCACUCUGGCAAGAGUCAGUAGACUUGUGCCAGAGAGCCGGAAUGAAAGCCGCUUGGUUUUUGGUCUCAUGAGACCAGAAAAAGAGCAUCAUGGUUUUGGUCUCCAAGAUGUUGGAGGAUAUAUGCUUAAAGAGAAUUAUUAUGUAGGCUUAGGUGAAUCUGCUGGUUUUGGUUUCUCAUUUUUCCAGUCUUCAGUACACCCAAUUUCUGCAUUAGUUUGCAAUUUUUUUAAACAAAGGAAAAGUAGGUAUAAAAAUUUAUACACAUUUUUGGGUGCACCUCCUCUAAAAUGUGCAUUUUUGCAAGCAAUUAUCCCUAAUAUGUGGGGCUCUAGAUUGCACAGGCGGCCUCCACGAUAAGGGGCAGCUCCCCAGUUCAGAACUUCACAAUCCAUCUUGUGAAGGACUGGAAGAACAGGGGAUGUGAUGUUCCAAAGGAGGUGCAGUUUGCCAGUGCACCCGACUCCUUUGUUCAAUUAUCAUCAAUGCACGUAUGUAAUCUAAAUGCCCAAAGAAGUCAUAAAAAACAAACCACAAAGUAGUUUAUUUCAACGAAUGCAAGUGAACGAGUUGCAAGCAUGACACUGCUUAUCUCUUUUGUUAAAGAAAGAAGAAAGAUCAAAACAUUGUUACCCCAAUUACAGUGCGGCAUUGCAAACCAUACGGCUACUCGUCGGAAGCGAAUCGUAGGUGGAUUCACUGCAGGAAAGGUAAAAGGAAAAUCAGGUGUAGCUAACAAUACAGGCACUAUACAGUGGUACCUCGGGUUACAUACACUUCAGGUUACAUACGCUUCAGGUUACAGACUCCGCUAACCCAGAAAUAGUACCUCGGGUUAAGAACUUUGCUUCAGGAUGAGGACAGAAAUCGUGCUCUGGCGGUGCGGCAGCAGCAGGAGGCCCCAUUAGCUAAAGUGGUGCUUCAGGUUAAGAACAGUUUCAGGUUAAGAACGGACCUGCGGAACGAAUUAAGUACUUAACCCGAGGUAGCACUGUAAUGUUGAGUCUGUUGAGUAAUAUCAAGUCUGUGUUUUUAAUGCAUUUUUUAGACCUGCAGGAACGGUGACAAUGGAUAAAACAACCUAGAAAUCUAUGGUGAAGCAUAAGCUUUUUGAGUAUAAAGUAGGAAAUCGAAGAGUUAAUUUUCAGUCUUUUAAAAUAUUGCACAGCAAUAUAUUUUCUCCCCUUUCCUACUUCUCAACCUUCCCUCCCUCCAAUCAUAAGCUAGGGAAUCUGAAUCGGCAGUACAGUUGAAACAAGUGAAACACUCCAGUUAAGGGCCUAUCGUGGAUUUUUUUGCUAUAGGACAUUUUAGUACAUCAAAUAUUAUUUUUAAAAAUCCAACUAGAAGUACGAACCAAAAAAGUGGAAUAGACGAAAGAGGAAAAGAAGCAGCAGCACAUCAAAAUGCUGAACCUUUGUUUCUCUGACUUUUCCUGAAGAAGGUAGAGUAGAAACAGUAGGUUCUGAAAUAAAUAUCUACUUUGUCAACCAACAGUGAUUUUUGCUCCUACUUCCAGUUCCAUCUGGAGACCACAAACAUAGAUAGACACAGGUAAUAUUGGUAGUAGAACUGGUGUAGAAAAGUGUAACAUCAUGCCUCAUGUAUUUGCAGGAUGAAUUUCCUUGGCAAGUGGCCAUUAAAGAUGAACGGACAACAGUGAACUGCGGUGGUGUUUAUAUUGGGGGCUGUUGGGUUUUGACGGCUGCACACUGUGUUAGGUAAGUGGAUUUGGCGACUCUCAAGUGGGAAUUGCUUUGCAGCAAGAGACAGAACAAAAUGAACUUUUAGGGUCUGGGACGACCACGGCUCCAUCUAUGUUACAACCGUCUAGCAGUUCUAUAUUGACUUAAUUGACAUAGGUGUAGCCGGGGGGGGCGCAGGAGGGACAGUCCCCCCCCAUCAUGUAAAUAAAAAAAGAAAUACCCCCCCCCGAAAUUCUUUGAGAUCUUUGGGGGAAUCUCUGUUGGUGGUCCCCCAUGGCUCAGACCCACAGCUCAUAACUAGUAGAAGCUGUACAUUCAGCAGAGUGAGCUCAAGACUGUUGAACUCCCUCGCAACUGAAAUUAGAGAGACACACUCUCUGUUGAACCUCAGGUUCAUGACUGAAGACUUUCUUGUUCCAGCUGGCAUUUUGGUUUUAUUGUGAUUUUUUAAUUGUUUGAUUGUCCCAGUUUCUUUGGUUUUUUUUAUUUUAAGAAAUGCAAAUAAUUAAGUGGUUUUAAAAAAAUAAAUCUUAAAAUGAAUGCAAAAAUAAAUAAAUAAAUAAACAAACAAACAAACAUGUAGCCAGGCCUCAGCUAUUUUUGCUGUAUCUCAGAUGCACCUCAGCUUUUCUCAUCUAAUGGAUUUCAUAAAAGCACGGAAAACUGUGCAGGAGCCUAUUGCUAAAAGUGGGCGCUUGUGUAUAUAAUCCAUUUGACUACUUGAUUAAUUAGCUGGGAAAUUUUUCAUAACCCAAAGUUUGUAUUUCCGCUUGCACUCUUUGAAACACAUUUCUUCUUUGCAGAGAGAACCGUGCACAUACCUAUCAGGUGUGGACUGGAAUGCUGAACACAGUAGUACAGGAAGGUAUAAUAGAAGCAUUUCAAGUAGUUAAAGUAAUAGUUCACGAGAAGUACAACACCAAAACAUAUGAAAAUGACAUUGCUUUGAUGGAGAUGAAACCCAAGGACACGAACAGCCCAACAUGUUACCCUGUGGACUCUUCGCCAGUCUGUGUCCCUUGGUCAAAAUACAUGUUCAAAGGUGGCCACCAGUGCAAAGUGUCUGGCUGGGGACUCAAUGAAGGUAAAUGGAAUAGGCUAAUUACUUUUUUAAAUUAUGGUUACAAUUUCCUCAUCUCUUCUGGCCUCAAACUUUGCUAAGCUACAAAAGCACUUCCUUUCAACUCUUCUUUAUAGCAGCUCAUUAAAAGCUGUUUCACUAGCAUUUCCUGUUGGUCUCAGCUAGUAUACUGCUGAACUUGUCUCCCCCUCUUCUCCCUCCCCCCUCCAUCCUCCAUCAAGGCAUAAGAAAUUACAUUCCAAAAUUAUCAAAGGGGAAAGAAAACGCCUGUGAAAUUCUCAUGGGUGAAAUCUGCAGAUGGAUUUGGGAGUCUUUUCAAGUUUCAGCUAGCACAGCGUGAGCUGUUUGGAGAUAACUGUUGCUAACGGGUUCAGCAGUCCAUGUUGGCCAAGUCUUCACAACCCCUUCAUUCAGUGACUUAAAUGAAAUUUAUGUGAAUUUUUUCACUUUUUAAAAUUUAUGUGAAAUUUUUCACUUUUUAAAAUUUAUGUGAAAUUUUCACUUUUUUAAAAAAUGCAAGUUGUUUUGUCCUGCACUGGAAGAGUCUCAUCAGAUACUUAAAAAAAUCAGAUUAACCUGACCACGGUUGAAAUGGGAUAAGUUUAUGGACGGUGAAUGAAAGUACUGAAUUGUGAACAAUUAAUAAAUGGUAAAAUGAAACACCAACUGUUAUUUAUUUCUUCUUUAGAGUUUUCAAGGCAAUUUGGUCUUAAGUGGGGGUACAUUUAUCUAAUGGAAAACUGCUCUGAAAUCUAUGGGAACCGGUACUUUGAAGGCAUGGAAUGUGCAGGUGAAUAUGAACUGUAUCAUUUUUGACACCCAUCUGGAUGCAAACUCAUGAGACAGUAUUAAGUAAGCAGAGACGGGUCAACACAUAUCAGUGCCGGAGACAAAACAAACACACAUAUAGCUCCCCACAUGAGUAUUAAGAAGUUAACAGGAGGGGAUGUUUAUCUGCCUGCUCCCUUCUGCUUCAUGCAUGGCAGGGCUGUGGAUGCAGCCAUGGCCCCAUUGCUCCAUGUGACUCCACUGGACUAGUAGGAGUUUGGAUUGCUCCCUAAAUCACCAGCAUUUAAAGAUAUUAUCCAGAAUAACACCAGUUCACUGAAUAAUUAUGUCAGUCUUUGACAAGGAUCAGGCUCAAUGAACUCAGGCUCUGGAUAUGGGGGAAUUGAUUAAUUGUCCCAAAUGGGCAAAAAACAAAUGCCUGAGCUAUAGACAAGAUAAAACAACACCACAGAGCCAUAGUCAUACACACACUUUGGGCUUUCUACUCUAUUUUGACAGUAUCCAGUAUCAAUAGAAUAGUUUGGGAAUGAAACUGCACCCAUAAUUGCCUUUGUUGUGGGUGAGGGCAUCUGUAACAAAAAUACUUUGUUUUUCUCUUUUCAGGAACGCAUGAUGGCUCUGUGGAUUCCUGUAAAGGUGACUCAGGAGGACCCUUAGUUUGUUUUGACUCUAAUAAUGUGGGGUAUGUUUGGGGUGUUGUGAGCUGGGGUGAAAAUUGUGGCGAAAAAGGACACCCUGGGGUUUAUACAAAAGUGGCACAUUAUUUCAAUUGGAUUGGCCGUCACACUGGACUGAAUCUCAUUUCGCGAUAUAACUUGUGAUUUGGAAUGUGAUUUGGAAUGUAAAUAUUACCUCUUUUUGCCUUGGCAAUAACUAAAGAUAGGCUGCAGAACUUGUGGCUCAAUCCAGCCAAAGUGAAGCAUUGUCCUAGUGGUUUCAAUGAAAGAAAUGUAUGGCACGAUCAAGUUUACUCAGAAGAUGUAACUUACUCCCAAGUAAAUAUGUGUGCAGUUGUAGCUUUAAGCUUGCUGAAAACUGUGGCAGGGAUGGGGAAGGAACCUUUGGCCCUCCAGAUGUUUCAGGCUCCAGUUCCCAUUAGCCCCAGCCAGCAUGGCCAGCAGUCAGGAUUGAUGGGAUUUGUAGUCCAUUAACAUGUGGAAGGCCACUGAUUUCACAUCUCUCAUCUGUGAAAGUUAGAAGUGCUCAGCUCUGGUUGGAUUAUGCUGUGAAAGAUCAUCAGUUAUGAGUUGUGAAAUUUUGCAUUUAAUAAAUUUUAAAGUAUGUGUACUUCUUUAAACAGUUACUGCAUUUAUUUGUACUCAUUGUAUAUUCAAAUAAAAGUGAUGCAUACCACC